UAAGAUUUGGUUUGUUAUUCAGUGAUUGAUUUCAUUCAUUGCCCAUUGCCCUAAUUUCAUUUUUCUGUCAUUUUCAUUAACACAAUUAACAACAUUGUGUUUCUUACCCCACACCGUCAUUUCAUUGUUAUAUAUAUUCGCAAAUCCGAUCCUAUUAUAAACUAGAAAGCAAUAACAAAACAAUUUAAUUUGAAGCAAAAUUGAAACUUGUCUCCAAAAAAAUACCAAAAUCUCCAUUUGUUCAUAACACAAUUUUGAAAAACCCUAAAUCAAGAUUCCUCUUUUGUCUAAAGACUAAAACUUUACUACAAUACAAUGCCCCAUUCUCCAAUGGGGUUUUAGAUUUUGAAUUGAUGAAGAUUUUGUGUUUGGUUUUGUAACAAAAACCCAAAUGGGUGUGGUGAAGUCGUGGUUGUUACCCACGAACCACACUCACCCUAACACCAAAAAUGCCAUCUGUUCGAGAUCCAUUCCAUGGUCAGUCAUUUGCGGGUUCAUGCUUUUCGGGUUGGGUCUCAUUUCUCUUUUAACGGGUCACGUUGUUUCUCAUCUUGAAUGGUACUCUCAACGAUUCGUUCACCGCAGCUUCUUCUCUACACUGGAUGGAAAUGAUCAUGCACCGAUUGAUAUUUGGGAAUCACAAUAUUCUAAAUACUACUAUGGAUGCAAAGAAAGGGGACGUCAUUUUUAUCCUGCUAUACGUGAGCGCAUGUCAAAUGGCUACUUGCUUAUUGCGGCGAGCGGAGGACUGAACCAACAAAGAACUGGGAUAACUGAUGCUGUUGUUGUUGCACGGAUUCUUAAUGCCACACUUGUUGUACCUGAGUUGGAUCAUAAUUCUUUUUGGAAGGAUGACAGUGACUUCGCCAAUAUUUUCGAUGUUAACUGGUUCAUUAAUUAUCUUGCAAAAGAUGUUACUAUUGUUAAAAGAGUUCCAGAUAAGGUCAUGCGGUCAAUGGAUAAACCCCCAUAUACAAUGCGUGUCCCGAGGAAAUCAGAUCCUGAAUAUUAUCUUGAUCAAGUUUUGCCAAUACUCUUGAGACGGCGGGUUCUACAAUUGACAAAGUUUGACUAUAGACUUGCAAAUGACCUUGAUGACGAACUACAAAAACUACGUUGCCGUGUUAAUUAUCAUGCUUUGAGAUUUACAAAACCAAUACGACAACUUGGUCAAAGAAUUGUAAUGAGGAUGCGAAAGAUGGCAAACCGUUAUAUAGCAGUCCAUUUGAGGUUUGAGCCAGACAUGCUGGCAUUUUCAGGUUGUUAUUUUGGUGGGGGUGAAAAAGAAAGACAAGAGCUUGGUGAAAUCAGAAAAAGGUGGACAACAUUGCCUGAUUUGAGCCCUGACGGAGAACGAAAGCGUGGGAAAUGUCCUCUUACACCUCAUGAAGUGGGUUUGAUGCUGCGAGCGCUUGGUUAUACAAAUGACACAUACCUGUAUGUUGCAUCGGGGGAAAUAUAUGGUGGGGAUGAAACCAUGCAGCCUCUCAGAGAUCUUUUCCCCAACAUCUAUACAAAGGAGAUGCUUGCCGAGGAAGAAUUGAAACCUUUUCUUUCAUUCUCUUCCCGCCUAGCUGCUGUUGAUUACAUUGUUUGUGAUGAAAGUAAUGUAUUUGUUGCUAACAACAAUGGUAACAUGGCCAGGAUUCUUGCUGGUCAAAGGCGAUAUAUGGGUCACAAGAGAACCAUUAGACCAAAUGCAAAGAAGCUUAGCGCACUGUUCAUGGCAAGGCAUGAAAUGGACUGGGAUACAUUUUCGAGAAAGGUGAAGGCGUGCCAAAGAGGAUUCAUGGGAGAGCCAGGAGAGAUGAAAGCUGGACGAGGAGAGUUUCAUGAAUAUCCAAGCACCUGUGUCUGUGAGAAACCAUUUAUAGAUGAAUUGAGUGAAGAUGGAAUCCGGCCACCUAAGCUCGCAUUUAGAAAUCUGACAAUAGGAACAGACGCCGAAAUAAACAGAGGAAAUGAAGAAAGUUUUGAGCUACCAAAGCCAAAUGAGAGAACAUAUUAAGCUGAGAAAUGCAAGAGCAACUUUGGUCCCUUAAUGUUUUUCCCACGUUGUUUCCCGUUGAGUAACGGAUUACCUGACGACUUAAAUACUAGAUAUGGCUAAAAAAAAUCCUCAAUUCAUGACAGCAUGCUCACAGCGAGCUGGAGCUCUUCUCCACAAGGCUUCUUCAAGUGCAGCGAUGAUGGUCUCUAUUUCAUCGGCAAAGCAACUCAGUUACUGGUACGUGUGUGCGAGAUGACCAAGGUCGUUUUGUUAUGGCUUGAACGGGUUGGCGUCACAUGAGGCUACAUGUGGGCUUAUAUCAAUCUCAGCAAUGGAUGAUCAGAGAUGGUCUAGGACGUGUCAGUUGUGAACUUGAUUGUAAACAAGUUGUUGAUGAUACACUCGAUGAUAAAAUAGGUAGAUCAAAGUAUGAGUGUAGAAACAUUAAAAGCAUACAAUUUUUCAGAUUGUUUUUACUAGGCGACAUGUUCGGGCAUCCAUCUCUCAUGUCCCUUGCAGUGAUUUUCACUUUCCUCCCGGUUGUAUAUUGAAUUUUCUUGAUAACGAAAUGAGUUAACUU